AUGCGUAGCCUCCGCCUGCGCCUCGUCCCCCUCCUCGCGAUCGCCGCGGUCCUCUGCCUCCUCUCCUUGCCCUCCCGGCGGUCCCCGCCGCCGGAACCGCCGCUCCCCUGUGGCGCGGCGCCCUCGGACGCGACGGCGGGGCGGUGGGUGCCGACCCCGGAGCCCGUGCCGGCGCCGCUCUACACCGUGUCGUGCCCGUUCCACCGGGGCUCCUACAACUGCCUCCGCAACGGCCGCCCACCGCUGGCCCCGCUCUCCUGGGCGCCCGCGCGCUGCGGCGGCGCCGUCGUCCUGAGGAUCGACCCCGCGGCGUUCCUUGCCGCCGCCAGGGGACGCCGCGUCGGCCUCGUCGGGGACUCGCUGUCCGAGAACCUCGCCGUCGCGCUGCUCUGCGCGCUCCGCUCCGCCGACCCCGACGCGCGCAGGUGGAAGCGCCGCGGCGCCUGGCGCGGGUGGUACUUCCCCCGGGACGACGUCACCGUCGCCUUCCACCGCACCGUGCUGCUCGCCAAGUACACAUGGCAGCCAGUGGAGAACCCGGAGGAAAUUCAGAAGGAUGGGAUAAAAGGGAUUUACAGAGUGGAUGUGGACAUUCCUGAUGAUGAAUGGAUAAACGUCACCAAGUUCUAUGAUGUGCUAAUUUUCAACACCGGGCACUGGUGGGUGACAUACAAAUUCCCAAAAGAGACUCCCCUUGUUUUCUACAAAGAUGGAAAACCAAUCGAGCCUCCACUCAGCAUUCCUGACGGCCUGAAACUAGUCCUCAAAACCAUGGCGUCUUACAUCGACAGGGAGCCCCCCGAGCACGACGCUGAAGCUAUGGCGCACGCAGUCGCCUAG